CAACGCCUGGUCAGACAACCUGAGGCAGCCGACAUCCGGGGACAACCAGGCAGCAGAGCUCUGAGACAUGAUUGGUCAGAUUCCUGAUUGCGUGAACGAACACGGAAGUGAGGCGUCUUUGUGACGUGAAAAAAUGAUCGGAGAUCUGUUGAUAUUCGGGACCUUACUGGUGAAUGCAGGGGCUGUGCUGAACUUCAAGCUCAAAAGGAAGGAAUCUCAGGGAUUUGGAGAUGAGUCCAGAUCACCGACAACAGGUGACAACAUCAGAGAGUUUCUGCUCAGCCUGCGAUACUUCCGGAUCUUCAUUGCUUUAUGGAAUAUCUUCAUGAUGUUCUGCAUGGUCAUACUGUUUGGGUCUUGAUCAACAUUUUUGGCAAAUGGACUCUCAUCAGAAUGCAGAUUUUCCACAGUGGAUUCUAUUAACUUUCCUUAAUCUGGGUUUGAUGUUCUUUUAUCCCUUUACGUAAUUAAGGUGCAUUUUCUUUACAACCCCAAAUUGUAAAUCUGCUUCCGGCUGUACAGGAAUUUAUCGUAUUUAUUUUGUCCUACAGAAUGUGUAACAUUUGUACCCUUUUGAUCAAGCUUGACUUCGCUUCGCUGCAUGUGUAUUUCAUGCGUCCCUUUGCUUCUUAAAACAUGAGCUUUUUCUCCAGCCUCUGAGUUUUCUUAUAAAAGAAACCGCAGUGUUGAAAACGAUGAAUAACUUUUACUGACAGGAUGAAAAAUGUUGAUAUGUGAAUUGUAACCUGCGUGUCAUCAUAAAGUGUCCUGAAGGAAGUAAAUCAAUAAAAGCUGUUUGAGAAUC